AUGUACAAGCGCAUCUCUGCUUCUUCAUCAAAACACCCUGGUCGCAGCGCGGUUAGAGAACUGCUUGACUCGUUCGACGUUGUUGGGCCUGAUGGAUCUCACCGAUGUCUUGUUCAUCCUCCGCUCUGGGAGAGUAUGUGGACAUUCCUUAACCGCAAUCCAGUGAGAAGACUGCCUCCCGUGGUCCUCGCUGUCACCCUGCGUCGACUCUUUCCGGCACUCGAUUACCUGCAUGCAGAGUGCACGGUUAUACAUACAGAUAUCAAAGGAGACAAUAUCAUGUUCGGUAUUUAUGAUGACUCGGUAUUCACAGCUUUCGAGGAGGAGGAGCUCAGCGAUCCAACUCCACGGAAGGAAGUUGACGGCAGAACUAUAUACUUAUCACGAGAACUUCGAAAGCCCAAGGACUAUGGCGCGCCAGUUCUAUGCGACUUUGGCUCGGCUAGAGCUCCCGAGGUCAUCCUUGAAGCCCCGUGGUCAUACAAAGUGGAUAUAUGGAACGCAGGAUGCAUGAUUUGGGAUAUCUUCGAAGGUCGGCAUAUGUUCACAGGACAUGACCCCGAGUUUCAGAAAUACCGCAGCAGAGCCCAUCUCGCCGAAAUCAUCGCGCUGCUCGGUCAGCCUCCAUCCAAAGUCCUUCAAGCCGGCAAAGCUAGCCACAAGUUCUUCACAGACACUGGUGACUUCCGUAAGGAGAUAGAGCUUCCUGAAAGAACCUCACUGGCAGACCAAGAAGUCAGUCUUGAAGGGGAGCGAAAGGAGAUGUUUCUAGCCAUGAUGAACAGGAUGCUCCAAUGGGAUCCGGCUAACAGAGCAUCGGCGAAAGAACUUGCUGAAGAUCCGUGGAUAACGGCGUAUUUGUAG